AUGUCGAAAUGCUCCUUCCAAAAUUCACGCAAGUUCCAGACACCCGGAGGAGCAGCCUUUCAGAAAGACUGCUGGUGUGACGACCUCAACUUUCAGACAGAUAAUCCUGAAUUUGGUAAUGGUAAUGUCACUUACUCAUGCAGGAAAUAUGGUCCUGAUGGAAAUAUCCAGAGUGCAACAGCCAACCUGAUACACGAUGGAGUACCAGGUCACUUCAAACAGCAGUUUCCCUUUCCAUUUGCACCAAAAUUAGAUUACAACAUCAUUGCUAUUGAUGAGGAUACUGCUAUUGAGUAUGACUGCUACAGUAUCUUCGGUGUGACAAACUACUGCAUUCAUUUCCUGUCACGGAUGCCAUCCAUUGAUGGGAGCAAACUUUUUCAAAUGAUCGAAUUUGCUGAGGAUUUAGGUCUGAAUAACCAGAACCUCACCUACACCGCUACCAAGCAAGAGGGCUGCUGGUGAACUGCAUAGCAUUUAUCAACGGAAAAACAUUUCUUGAUUACAGAUCUUAUUAAACUUUCAGCUUCAA